CUAACCAACGUGAUCUUUAUUACUCACCUAAUACUGGUCUUACCUUUAUCACGUUUUCCAAAUUUCAACCUCAUUUUAAUGUCCACUGAAUUAUAUUAUCAUCGUGACCAUCACCAUCAUCAUCAGCAAUGUCACCAACAUCAACAGCCUCAUCUUUUUAUCAAUUGGUUGACCAUAAAACAUCUUUACAAGCCUCUUAUAAAUUGUUUUCAUGUCUACAUUUCUUGAACUGUGUUACAAUCUUGAAGAAUCUGUUUUACUGGUCAACUUAAACCUCUAACCUACAAUCUAAUUGUGAACCAGAUUUAAUAAUACUUGUCGUUAUGAAAAAUUAUUACAUGGAUGAAACUGAGAUUCAAAAUCAAAUUUUGAACAUAAACAACAAUUUAAUGAAUUUGGAUGAAUUUCUUAUCGAGAAUGGAGUUGAUUCCAAGUACAUGGACACCAUGCAAAAGGAGUCAAAAGUUGAAGUUGAAUUCAGUCCAUUAGAUAUUGCUUUAGCAACUAGGCCUGGAAGUGAUGCAAAUUUUGAUCCAUCAAGUGCUCGAUUCAGUGAGGAUGAACUGCGACCCCAGCCAAUCAUGAGGAAAUCAAGGAAGCAACAUGUUCCAGAUACAUUGAAAGAUGCUCGUUACUGGGCUCGUCGGGUUAAGAACAAUAUGGCUGCCAAAAGAUCUCGUGAGGCGAGAAGGUUAAAGGAGAAUCAGAUUGUUCUGAGAGCCAGUUAUUUAGAGAAGGAAAAUGAAUCUUUAAGGCUAACUUUGGACAAAUUGCGCCAGGAAAAUGAUAAUCUUAAGAAGAUGCUGGACUCAGAUUGAUUUGAAUCUCAGCAAUAUCUGACGAAUCUCACGAAUUAAACAUUAUAUUAUAUUUUAAAUUAUUCUAGGAAAUGGAUUACAGCUAAAGAUUAAACCUUUCAUUGCAACACACAAUCUGAUUAAAAUCUGGUUCAGUAAAUGUGUGUCUCACUGUCUGUCAUUAAUUAUUGAUAACCCUCUCAUGAUAACUCUUUAAUGUCUUUGAUUUUUGUACAGUAUCUGAAUCAAAUACGGUUAAAUACCUUGUAACUAUUAUAUAUAAUUCAUAACAUAGUUUGUACCCAAACUAUUGUAAUAACUAUCACAAUAAACACAAAUUAUAUCUUUAA